AUGGCUCACCUCUCAGCCUCCCGCAACAAUAUCAAGGAUGCGUCAUUUCCGCUAGCAAUGGUCCAAUUCAAUGCUCCUCAUAUUGUGCGCUGCCCUGAACCUGGAAUUGUUCCCAAUAGCCGAAAGACAUCCGGAUUUUAUGGUUCAUCUAAACUGAAUUUUGUUGUGACAUAUGAAUGUCUUUCUGGUUAUCAAAUGGUUGGAUUCGCCAGUGUAAAAUGUAAUGUAAAUAAUGAGUGGGAACCUGCAUUGCCCAAGUGUCUAGGUAAAUGUUGGUCAUAUCCUCCAUCUUUAGAAUAUGCUGAGUUGGAUAAAAGCAUAUUUGGUAAGAUAUACCUUGAAGAUUCAGAAGUUUCUUACCGUUGCCGGGAAGGCUAUGAACCAGUUCCUGGCACAGAGCCUUCUAUUAAAUGUUUGGGCAAAAAAGGGUGGUCUACUCCUCAACGAUUCUGUACCUUGAGAUCAUGUGGAAAUCCAGGUGAAAUAGAAAAUGGUCAUAUGAAUGCAACCAAUAACUUUUUAUUCAAAUCCUAUGUAAUUUAUAAUUGCAGUAAAGGGUGA